AUGGUUUUCCCUCUUUUGCAUGAGACGACGGCCGAAGCCAGCCAGGAGGACCACAGAUGCCCGCCUGCUUGCGACCCUACCGGCAUAGACUGGUGGACCGAAAUCCCCAUCUCCAAAGACUCCAAUUCCCCAUCCUGCCUGGCGGUGCCUGUUGUUGGCGUCCCAUUCCUUGCACAGUCCCACUCGACCGCCAAGACUACCAACGGGAUGCACAACAAAGGUGGAUAUCAUAGGUCCUGGAAACACCGCCAAAGGCCUUCGACGGCAUUUAUCCCGGUUGGCAGACCACAGUUACACAACGCCAUAACGCCAGGAAUACAAUCGAGAUGA